AUGCCUAUAAUACGAUCUCGUGGUUGCUGGAGGAGACUUCGUCUCUUAUGCUACGCAUCGGCAUUCUAUGCGAUGGUUUACUUCUCCAUAAACAUCGUAACCAUGGAACGUUCCAUUGAAGCUCACGAACGUUACCGUAGUGGCAAAAUGAAAGAAACGGAAUCAGAAAUUUUUUUGGUACCUGAUGAACUUAUUCCAAUUGCCGUUUCUUUGAAUAUCACUAUGUUAAUAUGUAGUUCUCUCGGAUUUGUUGCUUGUGUAAUCCUAGUCAUAGGUGUAUACAAGGAUAUAAAAUAUAUGCUUCUGCCGUGGAUCAUCGCAAUGGGACUUGAAAUUCUUGGCGAAGUAAUCAAUUUUGUCUUUCUAUUUUAUUUGCGGAUUGUCAACUUUAAUUCCAAAACUUCAUACCUGUUUACUUUGGAAUUCUUCUUCACCUCGCUUAAUAUUUAUGCCAUGCUUUGCGUCAUAUCACAGUUUCAAGAGUACUUGGAAGGUCGAGGUACCGCUGCUUUUGAUUACUCGGACAGGGUGAGUCAUCAACAUUGUUGUUAA